CUAGUAUCAGGUGAGAGACAAUAAUUAUAAAACGAGGUCGCCAUGACCAAAACGGAUUAUUAAGAGGGUUGUUAUCGAAUGUUUGUGCGUGGGAAAGAAGCUGACAAUUAAGGAAGUCCGCCAAAUUGCGAGUAUCGAUGCAGACAUGGCUCCCAGGAAAACAAGAACGACGGCCAAGGCAAGGAAAAAUAGCCCCAAGACGGAUAAGCUAGAAGCCUUACUGGAGGACUUCGACAACGAGGUGAAGAUCAGAGUGGGACAGAUGAAAGAGAAGCUCUACCAUCUGCUGGUAGAUGUGGACAAAGGCUACAACAUGGCACUCCUUAAGCUCCCAAAGACUCUCCGCCAAAUGCCCUGGAUGGAACAAUUCAAAUCUGAGAAACCAAAGUCACCAGAAGUGGCCAAUAAUAGUAGAGAAGAGGAAGCUGCUAUUGUUGAGAGCUUUGUGGCCGAGAACAAUCCAGCCCUUUUCCAAUCCGUCAAAAAAGCAACAAAGAAAUCAGCUAAAUCCACUUCGGAAGAUGAAAGCGCCUCGGGCACAACACGGAAGGCGAAAGCAACAAGGAAACCUCCAACCACAUCAAAGAGAGCAAAGGCCCUGACGGUCAGACGACUUCCCAAGACCCCCGCUGUGAGGAAUCCCUACCACAAAGAGAGGGUUUACAGCAUCUCAGUCAACGGCUCUCCCAUCGCAGAAGGAAAUAAUAAAGACAUCGUCAUCAACGUCCCCAUCGGCAACGGAGAGAGUGUUCAGCUAUUGGCCAGCCAGAUGGACUCUGCUGAUCUGUCUCUGCUGGAUGAAACCGCUCUGAGGAGCAUUCGUCAUCUGAAGAACCGCCUCACCGUCCUGUGUGGAACGGAGUAACGCUACCGCCUGCUCUCGUCUUGUACAUUACUUUAA